CAAUUAAUUCUGCUUGCGAUCAACCAAAAAGUGUGAACAAAAAUGAACACAACCACAGCUGAUUCUGAUUCCGACAAUGAUUCCCUCUUCGCGGAGUUGGAACGCGACGACGACGAAUUCCUCGCGUCCCACCGUGAACUUCGGAUGGAGGAACUGAAGCGUGAAAUGACAAAGGUUCAAGAAAUGCGAAAUAGCUCACACGGCACAUAUGACACGGUCUCCACAGAAAAAGCGGUACUGAAUAUCACAACAACGACAAAACACUGUGUGGUGCACUUUGCGCAUAAAGAUUUCCGGCGUUGUCAGUUGAUGGAUAAGCAUUUAGGGGAACUAGCAAGAAAACACUUUAGAACCCGGUUCAUUCGGGUCGACGUGGAAAACGCGCCAUUUUUGGUCGAACGAUUGCAGGUCAAAGUGUUGCCGUGUGUAAUACCGUUCAUAGAUGGGGUAUCUGUGGAUAGAUUAAUUGGAUUUGAGGAUGUAGGAGACAAUGACAAUGUACCCACAUCGGCAAUAGAAGAAUGGUUAAAGAAGACGAAGGUGAUACCGGAGUCUGAAAUGGAUCUGACGCACAGAAAGACCAUAUUCGGAUUUCCGGACAAGUCGAGGGAGGAUGAGUCGGACGAUGAUGAUUACUAGCUUCUGUCGUUGGGGUUUGUGAAUAAUAUGAUAAGUUAUGUUAGUGAAAGGGUGUCAAAUGCUCAGUUCUGGAAUAUGUUACUGCGAUAUGUUAUGUCCGCUUGGAAGCGCUUGGAGGAGCGGGUAUCACAACAGUAAUUAGGUAUUCUUAUUAUAGAAGGGCAGGAAAAAAAAAAGUCACAAUUGACCGAGCAAGAAACCAUCUAUAUCCAAUUGCCUUUUGUCUAUCUACUACAUCACCAAACAAUCCUUGUCCUUGUCC